AUGGCAUCAGUUACAUCAUUAGAUAAGGACCUGCGCAGUUUGCGCUUGUCCCGCUAUACCCCGCAGGCUGCCGCAGAGGUCCGCGCAUGGAUUGAAGAGACGCUUCAUGAGAAACUCCCAGCAGGGGAUCUCCUGGAUGCGCUUAAAGAUGGAGUCGCGCUUUGCAGGCAAGUAUCUCCAAGCAGAAACACUGCAAAUAAGCUCGUCAACCUAGCCGUUUCCCCCGGCGUCAAGUAUAAGCAGUCAUCUAUGCCGUUCGUACAGAUGGAAAACAUCUCGCAUUUCCUACGCGCAUGUCAAAUACCUCCUCUGAGCCUACCGCCCCACGAUGUCUUUUUGACUGUCGAUCUCUACGAAUCAAAGGACCCGGCGCAGGUCCUGCAGUGCCUGAUGGCCUUCAGUAGGAGGGCUAAUGCUCUUCAACCCAGCAAAUUUCCCCGGGCAAUUGGUGUUCAGAGCAAAGGAGGCGCCGUGAGUCCUCAUUUGACCGGCUCGAGUCAAUCGGCCAAUACUCCUCUACGAUCUCGGGGACUCAGCAACGUCAGCAACAAUUCUGGGACAUCUAGCCCCGCCAAGUCGCCGGCUGUGAGCAGCUGGAGCAAGAAGUCAGACGAGCAGGUGACAAUGCCGGCCUGGAAUAUCCAUCAAUAUGGGUACAUGGGCGGUGCCAGUCAGGGCAACCAAGGAGUGGCCUUUGGCGCUCGUCGACAGAUCACGACACCUUCGCCGUUUGUUCCAAGCUUGGAAGAGAAGGAAAAGCGCAGGCGGGAGGAAGAGGAGCGCCAGCGUAUCGAGAGAGAAGAGGCUGAACGCAUCCGCCGUCAAGAGCGGGAGGCGGAGGAAGAGCGCGCCAAGGCGGAAGAGGAACGCAGGUGGGCAGAAGAGACCGCUCGUCUGAAGGAGGUGGAGCGGCGUCGGCUGGAGGAGGAGCGUCGACAGUGGGAUGAGGAACAGCGAAAGUGGGAAGAAGAGGAACGGAAGCUCCAACAGGAGGAGAAGGAGGCAGAGGAGAGACUGAACAAAGCAAGACAGCGUCAGCGGGAGGCAGGUGAUGUCCGUCUGACAGGGCAAUUUCUCAGUCAAUAUCAAGCCGGCCUUACUGGCGAGUCCAGGGAAAGUCAGCGCAUCAAGGAAUUGGAGCGGGAGCUGGAACUCGCCCAGGAACGGGAGCGCCAGUAUCAGCGUGAGCGUCAGGAGCUGAAGGAGAAAGAAACGGGCAAGCCGCAAUCGCAGAGUCCGCGUCCUGUGCCUGUUCCUCCGAAGCCCAGCUACAGCCUCUCGUCUCUCGAGCAAGAACGACGAAUGCUGCGUACCGAAUGGCAGAAGCAUCAAGCCCACGAUGAAACCGCCGAGUCCGAGCCCAGCAAUGCGCCGCCUCCGAUGCCGCCCCGACCCCUUCCGGAACCGACUACAUCGCAAUCAGCGGCCGCAUCGCCUCGGCCGCUCCCCGACCCUGCCGCUUAUGCCAACAAGUCCCAGGGCCAGGAGAGCCGUGUCGACCGCUUCCUCGCAUCUAACCGGCCACCUGUCGCCCCUAAGCCCUCGACUCACCGCCCACAGGACUACACCACCACCGCAGAGGUCGACGAAGAAAAUAACCGCCGAGUAGCUGCGCAGCAGAAGACAAAAGCAGGUGGAUGGGCCUCCAAGUCCCUACUGGAGCGGGAAAUGGAGCGCGAGCGUGAGCGCCAGCGUGAGUGGGAAGAGAGUCAGAAGCAGACGCGCGAGGCAGCCGCAAAGGGUCUGAAAGAUCCUAACGUUGGCAUCGGGCCGGGCCAGGGCGCCUGGGAUGUGCACCAGUACGGUUUCAUGGGCGGUGAUAACCAGAACCGAGGCGGACCCGGACUGGGCGUAGGAGGAGCAAGGCGGCAGAUCAUUGGGCCGCGCCCGCCGCCAUAG